GACGACCCACAACCGAACCCAAAAGCUAUCUCUUUUUCUUCUCUCUCCCUCUCUCUUCUUCCUGUGUUCGUGCUUACUGUUCGUGCUUAAGCAAUGAUCUCCCUGAAUCUAUCUCCUUCCCUUAGUCCGGGUCUCCUCCACAAGACCCGGACCCGUCAACAACCGACCCGUCUCUCUGCUCUUCUCGUCACCAACCCUAAACCCUUCAAUCACAGAUACCCACUAGGGCUUUCACCGAUUCCCAAUCUCCAGAUUCGUGAUGCCGCCGCAAAACCCUUACUUUCACUCUCCAACCCUGAAUCCUCAUCUGGGUUCUCGAGAAAACCCAGAUCCAUCGCCGCCGUUGGCUCAUCGGAUUCAAAUCCAGACGAAAAAUCCGAUCUUGGCGAAGCGGAGAAAAAAGAGAAGAAAGCUAAGACUCUUCAGCUAGGGAUUGUGUUUGGUCUUUGGUAUUUCCAGAACAUCGUCUUCAACAUCUUCAACAAAAAGGCACUCAAUGUCUUCCCUUAUCCAUGGCUUCUAGCUUCGUUUCAGCUCUUUGCAGGUUCUAUUUGGAUGCUUAUCUUAUGGUCCUUUAAGCUUUAUCCUUGCCCUAAAAUCUCCAAGCCUUUCAUCAUUGCUCUCCUUGGUCCUGCAUUGUUUCACACUAUUGGACACAUCUCAGCUUGUGUCUCGUUCUCCAAAGUCGCUGUUUCUUUCACUCAUGUUAUCAAAUCAGCAGAGCCUGUCUUCUCUGUUAUCUUCUCGUCUUUACUCGGUGAUUCGUAUCCGUUAGCUGUCUGGUUAUCGAUUCUUCCGAUUGUUAUGGGUUGUUCUUUAGCUGCAGUCACUGAAGUCUCAUUCAAUUUAGGUGGAUUAUCAGGAGCUAUGAUUAGUAACGUUGGUUUCGUCUUAAGAAACAUUUACUCUAAAAGAAGUCUACAGAGCUUUAAAGAGAUUGAUGGAUUGAACCUAUACGGUUGCAUCAGUAUACUCUCUCUGCUUUAUCUGUUUCCCGUGGCGAUUUUCGUUGAAGGAUCACAUUGGGUUCAAGGUUACCAUAAAGCCAUUGCAUCUGUUGGGACACCAUCAACGUUCUACUUUUGGGUUUUGCUCUCUGGUGUCUUCUACCAUCUGUACAACCAAUCUUCUUACCAGGCACUCGACGAGAUCAGUCCAUUGACUUUCUCUGUAGGGAACACGAUGAAGCGAGUCGUGGUGAUUGUCUCCACGGUUUUGGUGUUUAGGAAUCCUGUUAGACCACUGAAUGCUCUUGGAUCAGCCAUUGCGAUUUUCGGUACCUUCUUGUAUUCUCAGGCCACCGCAAAGAAGAAGAAAAUUGAAGUGGGAGGUGAUAAGAAGAACUGAAGGUUUUAAGGGCAAAUCCUUUGUUUACUUUUCCAUUUUUCCAAGUUUUUUUUUGCUGUUUUUGAUCUUAUUAUGAGACUAGAAUUAUCAUUUCUGUUGACUGGUUUAGUUGCUUCAAAGACUUUGAUCUACUUAGUUCUUGACCUCGUCUAGUGGAUAUUGUUUCACUGAUAUGAAGUUGGUCUGAUUCAGAGAAGAGCUAAAUUUCUUAAUCUUAAGCCAGUUUCUUCCUAAUACAAUGAGACUUUUGAG